AUGACGCCUCCCCUCAGUGACAACCUGGAAACUGGUUUUGAAGACAGACUUGAGGAUGCUUCAACCGUACAAGGCAGUACGCAGCAUGAAGACUAUGUUUCCGUCAGCAGUGGCGACGAAGGCUCACCGCAGAUCAAGGUCAAGGAGGAGGUCCACGCACCCUUUCUGGCUUUGUUUCGCUUUGCCUCAAGAUGGGAUAUGUUUUGCACUCUCAUGGCUACAAUCCUGGGUGCGAUCCACGGUUCAACAAUGCCCAUGGCAUUUUUCUUUCUGUCGGAUCUCUACCACGCUGUCUACAUGCCAAAUGAUGAUGGCAGCUUACCGCCAGUGAAUGCCCCGCACACCAUUCGAGAUUCGAAGGUAACAGAAGUGGGAAUGACCUACAUCCUUUUGGCCCUAGUGGUGUUGUGCGCUCGAACCGGUGGCUGCUACUUGGCGAUUCAUUCGGCAGAUCGCCAAGUGGUCCGUGCUCGGCGUCAAUACUUCCAGCAGAUUCUGAUGCAGGGCCCCAGCUGGCAUGACCUUCAUCACGCCAAUGAGUUGGCACCACAACUGGUCCAAGACACCCAUCUCUUCCGUGAUGGCAUUGGAGAACGCCUUGUGGAUUUCUCCCGUGCGGUCGCCAUGGCAAUGUCGGCCUCAGUUCUGGCGUGCACCCGUGAUUGGAAGAUUACCAUUCUUAUGGCUGUUGUCAUGCCCAUCGCUGGCCUUUGCAUGGCACUCUCGGUGGAAGUGGUUCGGAACUUUGCGAUGGUGGUUGAAGCUUGCUAUGCCAAAGCAGGCGAAAUUGCUGUCACCGCCACCGAACUCAUCAAGACCGUCACAGCUUUCAAUGGUCAAAAGCAGGAGCUGGAAGCUUUCAAUGGUCACGUGGACGAGGCGUGCAGCAUGGCUAUCCAGAUUGGUGUGGUGGCAGGGUUUGCAACUGGCCUUGUGAACACUGUCUUGAUGGUGGGCAUGUCCUUGGGCGUCUACUUUGGCACGCUUUGGGUUCUGCAAGACUACGAGUCUGUGGCCGCACAGUCUUGGAGAAGAUUGAGGGGGGGCAUCUCCUUUUUCAAUGUUUGCUUCAGCUAUCCCAAGCGCCAAGAUGCCUUGGUCUUGAAGAGUGUCUCCCUAGAGAUCCCUGCUGGCUGCACUACGGCAUUCGAGCCAAUCCUCUUCCAGGAUCCUGUGUACGACAAUAUCGCUAUGGGAAGCAUCACGCCUGUCACAAAGGCGGAUGUGGAGAAUGCUGCGAAACUGGCCAGCGCUCACGACUUCAUCCAGACCUUUCCAUUGGGUUAUCACACCAAGGUAGGUGAAGCAGGGACACAACUGAGUGGUGGUCAAAAGCAGCGGUUGGCGAUUGCACGGGCUUUGAUCCGGAAGCCAGCAGUUUUGUUGCUGGAUGAGGCUACAAGCGCACUUGACUCAGCUUCAGAGCGUCAAGUGCAGAAGGCUCUUGACGAACUGUUGGAUGCUGGUGGCCGAACCACCAUCGUGGUCGCGCAUCGCUUAUCAACCGUUCGCCAUGCUCACCAAAUCUGUGUGCUGGACAAGGGCAAGCUGGCCGAAGUGGGCACUCACGAUGAGCUUAUGAAGAAGAAGGGCGCUUACGAAAAGCUAUUGAAGCUGCAGCUCUCAGUGCAAAGAGAGGAGGACUGCGAAAAAGAUUACACCCACGCAGCAAAGACCUAUGACUUCCAAAAAGAUUUGGGUGCAAGGUAUGCUGCUUACAACGAGCCCUUGAUCGCCUCAAAGGUCUCCAACUUGUGCAUGCUAAUGCAAGCCUUGAGCAUUUUUUGGUUGCUGCAAUCCAUUGGCAGCUCGUGGGCCUUUGGAAAAGCCGGUGAACUGCUCACAGUCCGGGUUCGGUCGAUGCUCUUGGAAGCUUUGCUUCGGCAGGAGAUCACGUGGCAUGAUAAGCAGGGUACUGGACAGAUCUUGUGGAAGCUGGGAGCUGAUAUUCCACAGUUGAAGACCUUGGUGGGCGCCAACAUUGCCUCCGCUGCCAACUUCCUUUUUACAACUGUGAUUGGGAUUGGCAUCGCCAUGUAUUUCAGCUGGCGCUUUUGUCUCUGCAUUUUGAUCACGAUGCCUCUUCUGGGAAUUAGCUCCAUUGGGGUGGCCUUGAACAUGAGGGCCAUUGAGGGCGACUACUCCAGUGGAAUUGUCUCUGAAUCUGUGAACAGCGUGAAAACAGUCACAGCCUUCGGUUUGCAACCUCGUCUUUUGGAGAAGUAUGAGGAGAAGCUGGAAGAACACAUGACAGAUGAACGUGGCAUCCGGAAGUUGAGCGCUCUUGGCACCGGUGUGGCUUCUGGAUCAGUCUUCAUGAUCUUGGCUUUGGCAGUUUGGGGCAUCAACGUCUUCAUCAGUCGAGGUCUCAUGGAAGUGGACAUUGCCACCAUUGUGAUCAUGGUCUUGGUGACCACCGUCUCUGCCUUCGGUGAGCUCGCGCGCCUUGUGAGUGACACCUCCUUGCCCCAGGAUGCGGCCAGGCGAAUCUUCAACGUCAUCGCCCGAAAGUCCAAGAUUGAUCCCUUCUCCUCGGAGGGUUUGAAACUGGAUGAGGUGAAGGGACUGGUGGAGUUUCAAGAGGUCUACUUCCGCUAUGCGACGCGGCCAAACCUUUCCGUGAUGGAUGGUUUGAGCUUCCGCGUUGAGCCAGGGACCACCACAGCACUGGUGGGGCCAAGUGGUUGCGGCAAAAGCACCACCGUAUCCUUGAUUCAGCGCUUCUAUGACCCCCUAGGCCCGGAAAUAGGCCAAUGGAGCAGCGCAUGCCUUUUCUCAUGUUUUGGCAGGUGGCGCAGUCUUCCUGGAUGGGCAUGA